ACCGACAGACUGACGGUCAUGUGUGAACUGCGCUUUAGGCAUAAUUUGUUGCAUCAUAAAUCACGUGAUUUUAUUUAACGAAAAACUUUUCGGAAUGAUUUGAAUGAAAUUUUCGAAUGUAACUUUACAAAAUGAAUCAUGUUAUGUCAUGUUUACUAAAUAAUGUUAUCUUGAAGUCUAUAUAACAUAAAAUGUAAGAUUUUGUGUAUCAAAACCCACGUGAUCAGGACUACUCAUGACAAAGAAAUUGUCUGAUAUAACCUCUACAGACCUUCAGUAGUGUAUUUCGCUGUUUAUAUACACUUGAUAUACACUUUGGUAUUUGCGUAAAAAUUGGGCUUCUGGCUUUUUCAAUUAGGCGGUGAGAGUCAAGCUGACCAAAGAAUAUCUGCUCAUAUCCUGCCUGGCUGUGCUUGAAAUUUGAUAAUCACAUCAUGUCCUGGAUUCGUGAAGGUAACCAUGAUAAAGCAUGGAACGACCCUCCCGUGUUCGCGUACGACGCUGCGUCGGCGGCGCAGGCCAAGCAGAAGCGCACGCCGCUCAACAAGCGAGUCGCCUUCCCCGUGACGGGGACGGCCGGUCAGGGCUCUCCGCUGUUGUCCGGCCAGGGCCCGCCGCCGAUGGCUCCAGGCCAGGGCCCGCCACCGAUGGUCCCUGGCCAGGGCCCGCCCCCUCUCAGGCCCGGCCAGGGACCGCCACCGAUGGCCUCUGGGCAGGCGCCGCCUCCUAUGCUGCCCGGACAGGGACCGCCUCCUAUGCUGGCCGGACAGGGCCCGCCACCGACGGCUCCUGGUCAGGGUCCGCCACCGAAGUCGUCUGGUGAGGAGGCGCCGGUUCUGUCCGCGGGUGAGAUCAAGGCCAAGCUGCUGUCCAUCCUGGACGGUCUGGAUCAAAUCGAGGCGAAGCUGAAGGAUGACAUCACGCUGCGUGUGGACGUCAUCUGCUGUGUGCUGGACGCCGAUCGACUCAGUGCGCCCGUCCAACAGAGAUUAUCGCAGCUUGUCAACGCGCUGUCUGAAGGCUCUGUGGACACCGCCGACCGGCUGCAGCGCUCGCUCAUGGUCGACUAUCCCGGGGAGUGCGGAUCCUGGAUGCCCGGCAUCCGACAGCUGAUCGUACAGCUUAGCCCCGCCGCCGCCGGCGUUACACCCGGCGUUACACCCGACGUUACACCCGGAGUUACACCCGGUGACGGACCGGCCACGGACCCGUCGGCUGACGCUCCGGAGAGCUGAGGGAUGGUUGUUACGGCGGAGGGUGUUUUCGAUGCGCUCCGAGUGGGGAAAGCAGAGUAUAUAGAUCGGGGAAAGGCCCUAUGCAGCAGUGUAGGACUUUGGAGUGCUGCUUUUUUCAAUGGUGGCCUCUCGGCUCGAUCGUAAGGCUGAAUUGCUCCGUGAUGAAAGGUGACGGUGAAUUUUUCGAAAGCGAUUGGGACGUCUGUCGGACGAUUUUCUGUUUUAACGGUGUUUUACACAUUUUAUCGGCUCAUGCUUUUUUAUUUUUUUGUGGUAAAUAAUUGUCCGUUUUUCAAUUUUAUAGUGCAAUUGUCGCAUGUGAUUUACAAACUUAUCGUGAUCAGUAGAUGUAGGCCGUGGAAUAUAUUUAUGUUGAGAUCUUUAAUUUUCCAGCUUUGAAUCGACUGAAAGCGUCUUAAAGUGGUCUGAAGGAGCUGCACUCGGAGAGCAGUACGAUUCACGCCCACGCACUAUGAAUCAGUAGUUACGAGAUCCGUGCAGUUUGCGAUGGUCUGUCCUACCUCCGCCGGGGAUUGGGGCGCCGUGAGUCGUUCUGUGCGUCAUGAGUGGGCUCUGUCUCUAUGUAUCGUCUCAUUGUCCGGUGGAGGAUGGUGGGGAGUUGGACUCUGGUGCCUGCUGUGAUGUUUUGUUUCGCGAUAAUAUAUUCCAAGUUUUA